AAGAGCUCAACAAUUGACCGGAGCCAUAAACAAUAACAACCGCGUGAUACUCUAAUAAAUUAUCAAUUGAAAACCAUGGGUAUUAUUUGCCAGAUUCUGUUUCACAACAAUAUUCAAGGUGUUUACUAUGCGGGCCAAACUAUAUCUGGCCAAGUGACUCUGAGCACGGAUACUGUCAAAGCAAUUAAAGCCAUCAGACUAAAGGUAAAAGGUUACGCCGAAACCCAUUGGACUGAAAGUAAAACCGAUUCAAACAACAAGUCCACCUCCGAAUCAUAUAAUGGCUUUGAGAAGUAUCUUUCCAGCACAGUUUAUCUGUUGGGUUCAGCCACAAGUUCGGAAAUGUCUUUGGAGCCGGGAGUGAGAACUUAUAAUUUUGCUUGCCAAAUUCCUAUCCACUGCCCCUCUUCAUUCGAGGGGACUCACGGUCGUAUAUGUUAUACGGUGGCUGUGAACAUAUUCCAAUCCUGGAAGUACGACAGUCUGUUUACAAGGCCAUUCACUGUAGUCCAGGUAAUGGAUAUGCAAACUUAUCAGUCGGUUUCUAAGGUUCCCGUUCAGGCCAGGAGUGAGAAGACCUUUGGCGUGUGGCCCUUCCGGUCGUCUCCACUUAGCCUGGAGUUAACCUUGCCACAAACUGGCUUUGUGCCCGGUCAAACUGUCCCCCUGAAGGUUUUGGUAGGCAACGACAGCAGCAUUCGGGUGCACGAGAUGAAGGUGGGUCUGGCCAUGAUGAUCACUUAUUACAGUGAUCUGAGUUCCGGCACCAACGCAGAGCGUAUUUCCGUGGCCAAACUGAAGGCUGAUGGCGUGAUGAGAAACUCUCGGAAGAUGUACGACUUCCAACUCUUGAUUCCCUCCACGCCGCCCACUAGUAUGCAUCUGUGUCGCAUUAUCAAGAUCGGUUACCAGAUCGAAGUGGUGGCCAAAGUCAAGGGCAUGCACAUCAAUGGAACUCUGGUAAUGCCGGUUACCAUUUGUGGGGUUCCUAUUAUGCCGCCAAUGGUGCAUUACGUACCUGAAGGAUCGGGCGCUGCAGGAGCUCCAAGUGAUGGGGCCUUGACUUUGCUUGAGGGCGAGGGUGCCUGGGGCCCAGCUGCUCCGCCCUAUCCAUGGUCGGAGGACGCCACUUUGGCACCACCUAGCUAUGCCGAGGCUAUGCAUAUUCAACCUCACCCAGAGAAGUCUCGCCAGAUGCAGCAGGAGGAAGAGAAGCAGCCCUUCAAGCCCCUGUAUCCCAUUUACAGUCUACCACAGCCAACUGAAGAAAAGAAGGCAGAUCCUGCCUUGGACAAAGAGGAAAAGAAAUGAAGGACCUAGGAUAAACAUUUUCGUAUCAAGAGACAAACUUUGAACAGUCCUUCACCAGCUUAUCAAGGAUUUCUUUGGGUUUUUCCCAGCUCCCCGGAUUCUUUGUUGCGUGGCUCCCGUUGGCGAAAUGUACGAGUAUAAUUCAAAAUUGUGACAGCGAUAAGAUAAAAGUUGGCCUGGCCAUCGCUACCAAUA